CCCUCAGUCGCUGCCCAGAGGCGGGAGCGGGAGGUGGCGGUUGUGAGCGCUGCGUUCUGCCGGAGCUCUUUGGCGGCUCGUUUUUUUUUUUCCCGACUGGAAAAAAGAACCUGGCCGGUUGGGGUUGGCUAUGGGGGUGACUCAGGAAGCGGGGUUGUCUCCUCAGGCGUCUCCGCUGGAGCAGGAUCCGUGCGGGGGAAGCCCGGCUGGCUGGGGACGAAACGCCCAUGUCUCUGACGGGAACCAGCACCAGGGGUGCCCGGCGGCUCCCAGCGGAACAGAGACCGGAUACCAGAGAACAACAAUAAAAACGGAACCAGCUACUGAAAGUACCUGCACGGAGAAAACGGUCACGAAAACUGAUGAUAUGACAGGCUUCAUGGAUGACUUAACUCUCAGCUCACCGAAGAAAAGAGAGUCAUCUUUGAGAUCCAAGAGAAGUUGUGAUAGGUCAUCAACAAGGUCAUCCAGCAGAUCCUCUUGCAGUUCACGGUCCAGUUCCAGUAGUUCCUCUUCAGCUUCCUCUAGGAGCUGGAGCCGCUCCAGGUCCAGAUCAAGGUCACGGACAAGAAGAAACGGUUCCCGAAGGUACAGAAGAUACUCUCGUUCGUACUCCAGAAGCCGGUCAAGAUCCCGUGGCUACAGGAGGUACCGAGGCAGGUACUAUGCCAGGCACUACAGGAGGUACCACCGCUCUCCUCCGAGGUACAGGUCACGCAGCAGGUCGUGGUCCCGUGGAAGAUCCUAUUACAGAAGGUCCUACUCGAGAAGCAGGUCACGUUCAAGAGGCCGAAGAUACUAUGGAUUUGGGCGAACAAUCUACCCCGAGGCUUACAGGAGCUGGAGAAGCAGGUCACGAACAAGAUCUCGGAGCAGAUCACCUCUCCAUUUGAGUGAAAAAGACAAGAGGGAACUUCUGGAAAUUGCGAAAGCCAACGCUGCAAAAGCUCUGGGCACAGAUAACAUAGUCUUGCCAGCGAGCUUGAAGAUCCUUACUCCUUCCAAAGAGAUAAAAAAUGAAAAACAGGAGCAUGAAGAUCCUGGAGAGUCAGCUGAGCAACCCAGAAGACUUGCAGAAGACGUGACCAAAAGUGGGAUGGAGAGAGCAACCAUACAGAGGAGCAUUUCUUUCAGUCCUAAUAACACAAUGGCAAAGCCAGUACUGCAGAGGCCAGUGAGCCACGUUGUUAAAGAACCACCCAUUUCUCCGGGAAGAGAAGAGGACAAAAAGGGAAGUCCCUAUGGGCAGUGGGUUCCUGUCAAGAAGGAGGAGAAGAAAACAUUUCUAAACUUCUCACCCAAAAGUGCCGCGUUCCGGGCACGUUAGUGUAUUUCUCUCACUGUCUCAACUGCAGCGUUGGGUGUACGUCACUAGGGAGAUCUGACAUCUUCUGAUAGGGUUGAGGACUUGUUAAUACUGAGUAUUUAUUUUGAAAUCUUAAUUCUGGAAUCUUAGGUUUCUCUUUCAGAUGUAGAGCACAGUGAUCCAGAAGCCACAGGUGGGAAUCUUGUGUAUAUUUGUAAAUAUUUUUGUAUUGCUUUAAUGGACUAGAACUUCCCAGGUGGGUAACUUUUUUUCUAAACACUGGUUCUGUAGCUGUUAUUUUGAACUCUUGACUUAACAUUGUGUAACUGUUUACUUCGAGGAAAUAAACUUUAGUUUUGCACUGGCC